AUGUUACAACUUCUCAAUGACAGAGAGGUAGGGUUGGAUCCGCCAUGGCUGCUCCCCAGGGUGUAUGGCAGUCAGAGAUUUGUUGAUAUAGAGCUUAGUAGCAGAAGAGAGUUUGUCAAAGGACACAAAAAUGGAGUAACUUCUAUGGACAUUGAUAGACAGUCUGGAAGAUAUAUUCUGUCUGGCGGCUCUGAUACAACAGGAACCAUAUUGCUACAUGACACCCUCUGUCCCCCUGGCUCCACCCACCAAUAUCCCAUCGUCUCAAACACAUUCAGCCCAAUCUCAAACUCUGAACAAAACACCUCGUAUGCCAUUUGCUCCAUCCAGUGGUACCCUCACGACACGGGCAUGUUUGUGACGAGUUCUGCUGACAGGACUGUUAAAGUAUGGGACACGAAUGAGAUGUGUCCUGUGGAAAGUUUCAAGUUCACCAAGCCAGUGUACACACACGUUAUGGCUGCAGCACAGUCCCACUGUCUCAUCGCAGUUGGAGGCAAAGAGUGUGAGAUCACGCUAUGUGACAUCCACUCCGGCUCGUCCACGCACAUCCUCCGAUCUCAUAACCUCCCUGUGAUGUCCCUCGCCUGGUCUCCCCACAACGACUUCACUCUGGCCAGCGGGAGUCAAGACAACAGAGUGCUCUUGUGGGAUAUCCGUAAGGCCGCUGGUCCACUCAUGAGCUUAGACAUGCACAAUGGCAGUGGGAGCUCAAACAGUGCAUCAGUUGAAACUGCUCACAGUGGUCAUGUGAAUGGACUUUGCUUCAGCUCUGAUGGGCUCUACCUACUGUCAUUUGCAACAGACAAUAAGCUGAAACUAUGGGAUGCCUUCUAUGGGAAAAAUACACUGAUAAACUACGGUCAUUUGACCAACUAUGACACUCACACGAGUGUACAGUUUGCAGUAUCCUCCCACACAUCCACCCUCCACCCGGUUGUGUGUCUCCCUUCCAGUGGGAGCAUUCUGCUCAUAGAGAUGCUCACGGGCAAGAAAAUCAAGAGCUUGCAAGGACACUUUGGCACUGUCAACUGUGUAAUGACUCACCCUUUUGAGCAGGAGUUGUUUUCUGGUGGAGGUGAUGGGAACAUUUUGACCUGGGAACCCCCUCCUCCAAAAGUGACUGAGACCCGCUCAGCCAGUGGUAGAGGCCUAUCUGUGUAUCAAGACGAUUGGAGCAGUGAUGAGGAAAGAUAAUCAUUGCUUUUGUCGCUAUUACAUCAAAUCUGUUGUGAAUUGGGAGCCAUCUGUCACCUGGAGAACAUUUAUAAACUGAACUUAUUUUGUUGUGUUUUGAUUAGUAUUUUGUGCUGUAUUUAUUUCCAGACUGUGCAGUCAUAAACAAUUGAUUUCCUCCUC